CUACGUGGCUAAAUUAUUCCUUAAAAUUAAUCUUUAUUAGCUUUGGCUUCAUAUAAAUAAGAACAAAAGCUCAGGAGAUUUUUACCAACCUAGCGAAACAUACUUACACAAUUAGGAUAAAAAAAAUGAGAUUGGCUUCACUUUCUUCGAUGCUCUCCCUUGGGCUCAUCCUAAUGACUCUUGUUAGUCAUUGUUAUGGACAUGCGCUUAGAGUUGGGUUUUACAAUGGCAAGUGUGGGGGACGCAAUAUCGAGAAAGUCAUUUACGGAAUAGUUAAGCAGAAGAUUGUGGAGGAUGCUGAUAUUGUGUCCGAUCUUAUUCGUCUAUCAUUCCAUGACUGCUUUGUUCGGGGUUGUGAUGCAUCAAUUUUCCUUGAGGGAAAACAUACAGAGCAAAAAGCACGAGUAAAUCGUCGUCUUGGUGGAAUUGGAGAUGUGGGUGAAAUUAAGGAAGUCGUAGAGAAAGUUUGCCCAGGAGUCGUAUCUUGUACUGAUGUCCUUGUUAUAGCUGCUAGAGCUUCUGUUCACUUAGCGAGAGGAAAAUGGUACGACGUAGAAACAGGACGAAGAGAUGGGUUUGUCUCUCGAGACAUUGAAGCAGAAGCAACCCUUCCCCCUGCAACAAUUCCAGUGGAUAAAGCCAUUCAAUUGUUCGCUCAGAAAGGACUUGAUAAACAUGACUUUGUCGUCCUUUUAGGUGGACAUACGGCAGGAACUGCACACUGUCACUCAUUCAAAGAACGUUUGUAUAAUUUUCACAACACCCACAGACCAGAUACAACUAUAAGUCCAUCACUACUUGGACUCUUGCAAAAAACAUGUCCUCUUAACGAUAUAAAAGACGAGGAAACAUUCCUUGAUCAAACUCCGAAGAGUCAUUUCAAGAUUGAUAAUGCUUAUUAUAAGCAAAUUCUAGCACACAAUGGUACUUUAGAGAUUGACCAAAACAUGGCAUUGAGUCCCUUGACUAGAGGCCACGUGAAGAGGCUAGCCAACCAUCCUUACCAUUUUCUGAACCAAUUUGGUCCAGCCAUGGUUAAAAUGGCUCGAAUCGGAGUCCUCACUGGCCACCAAGGGGAGAUCAGAAGAACUUGUGGCUCUGUAAAUUAAACUUGUUUUAGUU